AACAAUUUUGAUAGUGUUGAUAAUAUGUCGAACUCACAAAAUCAAUCUAAGAAGUCAGCACCCACCAACGUUGCAUCGAGUCUACUUACACACCAAGAGAAUGAACAACUUUUCAAUAUUCUUGGCAAGAGAUGUGUGACUUUAGCAACAGCAAUAGUGCAACUUUAUGUUGCUCAUCCAGACAGAGACAGAUGGAGCAGAAAACACUGUGGGGUUGCAUGUUUUGUAAAAGACAACCCCAAACGCUCUUACUUUAUACGUAUCUUUGAUAUCCAUAAAGGCUAUGUAGUAUGGGAACAAGAGUUGUACAACCAGUUUAAGUAUGGUACACCUAAAUCUUUUUUCCACACCUUUGCUACAGAUAAUUUUCAAGUUGCUCUCAACUUUGCCAACGAAGUCGAGGCCAAUGGUUUCAAAACUGUAAUUAAUGAGAAAAUCAGACAGAAGCAGCAAAGAAAGCAAGAAAAAAAGAAACAAGCACCAGCAAGACCUCGAGGUGCCCCUCCUCCAGCCCCCAUGCCUUCACCAAUAAUUCCUAGUAAGAUUUUAAUGACAUUGAGACAAGCAUUCUCUUUUAUACCAACUGUGAAGUAUGCUACUGACAAUCUUGACCCAGAUUUGAAGAAUUUGUUUGACACUGUUGGUAUUUCCGAAUCGCAAUUGAAAGACAAAGAGAUGUCUAAAUUCAUAUAUGAUUUCAUUGAGAGUCAAGGCGGUGUGGAGGCUGUUAAGAGAGACCAAGAAAGAAUUAGGCAAGGAACUAUAAGUGGUGAACGUCCUGCACGAUUAGCUGGACCACCUCCACCAUUGCCACCUUCCCGAGGUCCAGGCCCUCCAGCUCCAUCACGUAGUGGCCCACCUCCACCCCCUCCACCUGGACGUGCAACAGGACCACCUCCUCCCCCUCCCCCAUCUAGAAUGAAUGGAGCCCCUCCACCACCACCACCCUCUCGAGGACCUUCACAAGCCCCUCCUCCUCCUCCCCCUAAUAUGUCAUCUCGGGCACCACCACCUACUUGCCCUCCUCCACCGCCUUCUUCCUAUGGUGCUCCUCCACCUCCUCCUGGUGGACCUCCACCUCCACCACCACCUGGACCCCCACCACCACCUUCAAGUGGACCCCCACCACCACCGCCACCUCCUAUGCCCCCUUCAGAACCCGAUGCUCCAGCUCCGUCUUCUGGGAGAUCAGCACUACUUGGGCAGAUUCAGCUAGGUGCAUCACUAAAGCAUGUGGAUCCUUCAGAACAGAAAGCGGCAGCACCUUCAGAUACCAGAGGAGAUCUAUUAUCACAGAUAAGACAGGGACGCUCACUCAAACCUGUUGAGUAUGAUGAUACCCCAGCCCCAGUGGAGCCACAGACUGGUAUGGCUGCUGCUCUAGCUGCUGCCCUCUCACUGCGACAUGAUGUCAUUCAUUCAUCGGAUGAUGAUGACGAUGAUGAUGAGUUUACUGAUGAUGAUGAUUGGAGUGAUUAGAUGUCUGAAUCUCUGUGUGACUUCUCUAAAACUACUGACAUAUUUUUGUGAAUACUAUAUAAAUAACAUGCAUGUAUUGGGUUGAGGGGAGUGCGGAUGUGAGUUUGAGUUAAAAAUUUUAUAUAAAUGCACUUACCAUACUGACUGGGUGAGUAAGAAAAUUUGAUGGGGCCACUUACAGGAUUUGUAUAAUAACUUGUACCGGUAAUAGCUCUCUAAACCACUAUACCAGAUACAUUUCCAACAAAUUAACCAAGUGUUUCAGAUGAUUGAUGGUGAUAAUAAUAGCAUCAUGAACAUGUUCACUCAGUUUGGACCAAACCACUUUAAUCUCAGGAACAAUUUAGUAAAUGUAUUGACAUACUUUUUGAAUUGAAUUAUUACAGAUAAUGCAAUAUUACAUGUACCAUAUAUGAUAACUUUACAUUUUCCACCAUCGGAGAUUCUGGUUCAUCCUGUAGUUAAAUCAUGUGCAGUGGCCCUUCCUAAUUUAUUUCGUUAUAUGAUUAAAUUUUUGUUCAAUAUUGAAAUAAGUCACAUAGAAGUAGCCAUAGCAUUGUUUGACUUCUUAGUCAGUUGCAUGUAUUAUCAAGGAGAUUAUUGAUCACUAACAGAUUUUUACAUGAUUGAAUUUGCUAAUUAUGAUUUCUAGUAAUGGUCUUGGCACUGUUUAUUGGUAUGAAUCAUUGUUUAUCUACUAUAACUGGCUAAUUUUCAUUCUGUUUUUAUAUGUUCAUUUAAAUGAUAUCAAUUUUUGUUUAUUUUCUUGUCAUAGCAAUACUUGUUUAACUCUGAGAUAGGACGCAACUGAUGACCAAGUUACUGACUUGUCUAUAGACGACAUGCCAUUUUAGAGAAUAUUGGUGAACUUGUAGCUUCAAGGUUUAAUGUGCAAAAUCACAGUAACAAAAUGUGUAUGGCAGCAUACUUCUGAUCAACUUAGUGCAAUAUUUGUGUCCACACUUACUUUAGUUUAUAAACAUGUACAAUCCAAAGUACAUUAAAUUGUAAGUACUUUGGGAAUAAAGUUACAACCCAAUCUUGAGAUAUGAACAGACAAGUGAUAUAUUUUAACAUUUGUAUAUAUUUUGAAAUGGAAAAUGUUCAAAUCUGUUGCUUGAGUUUCAAGUUUAAAAUCAAUUUAUUAAAGUUAGUAUAUAUGUAAGUCUAUAUUUAACACACAAUUGGGCAAUAUUGUAAUAUUUGUGAGACUCGUUUGAUUCAUUGUUACCUCUUGAAUUCAGAAUUUUAGUUCUGCAAGUUAUAUAAUG